AUGUCACUUCCGAUGAAACCAUCAGCCAGCAAAUCAGACAAGCUCACACGCCAGUCCAAUGUCAUAAAUGGAGGCGCACAUUCACAGAGUAAAUUGACAACACCAGAUUCACCAGUCAGCUCACUGACUCCGUGUAGUCCCCUCCUCUUGCAUAUGGAGCUCCCCAAACCCAUUUCACGUUUACCGGAAAUACGAUUAGAGGGCGGUUCGGGUAGAGGUGCAAGUAAAGCUCAGACGCGACAAGUGAUUCAGCAGAAAUCGUGCGAAUCAUACGACUCAGCAGCCAGUGGAAUGAGUUGGAGUAGCUCCCAGAGUACUAAUGCUACCUGGGGAAAUCACUGUAAUUCAGGCUCAGUUUGUGGAGGAUAUUUGUCUUUCGCCCGCCACAGUGAGGAGGAAAACCCCCAGGGUUAUCAGCACCAGAAGUCUGUCGCGGUAUCCCCUACUGGUUUUAGCUCUGAUGAGGAACACAAACUUUGUGAAGCGUCAUCUGAGGAUCUCAGUCAGAGCAAGAAUAGUGAGGAGGCGGAUGAACGUUCUCGAUCUCCAUUGGGUCAAACCGGUGAUUUCUACGAUUCUGUGUUUGAUGACCAAGAAAAAGUGGUAAUAUAA